AUGAAUAAAUUGUUAGCACUGGUACUUCUUGCUGCUUAUACCGCAGCAGGACCUACAAAUGUUGCUGAGCGGCCGUCUCAGGAUCUGAAUUGUUUAGAGCAAGAUAAGUUCUUCAGCUGUAUCUUCGUAAAGACUGCUAGUGUUCUUAACAGAGCGGCUCGAUCGAAUGACAUCGAGAUUGCCGAUGGCAUAACUUUCGUACGAGUCACCCCGAUGGAACGCAUUGGCAAGAGUUUAGAGAUCAACGAAGUGGAGAUCAUGAAUGAACUACCUCGUGAGAGCACUGACAGAAUGAUGGAACUUUACAACAUGUUGUAUAAUUCGGCUGUCUCUUUUAUGAAGAGUCAUAGUUUGAAAGUCAACAUGCCCGAAGAUUCGAAUAUUUCGCGCGCCCUGAAUGAAGGACGUGCCAAGAUCAAGAAAAUGGUUUUGCCACUAAUUGCCGCAGCGGGUCUUAAGGUUUUCGCAUUAGUACCAAUCUUGCUCGGCGGCUUAGGUCUGCUGGUUUUGAAAGCUUUAGUUUUCGGCAAAAUCGCCUUGAUCAUUGCCAGUAUCAUAGCAUUCCAAAGACUAUUCGGUGGCAGCAAUGUGGCGAGUAGUUUUUUUAAUAAGAAUCCCGCAUCUCUUUGGUACGACAACGCCGCCGCUGGAAAUUGGGUCGCUAAUGGAUCCCCAUUACAACACCAAGGAUACAGGAGCUUCAACAGUGUUGAUGAGAAAGUCGACGCCCACAAUUUGGCAUAUUCCGCCCACGCACCGGCUGCUACUACCGAUACGGAUUAAACGAGACUUUUUACUCUCUUCAUGUUGUUUGCCAUGGGGUGACUUAGAGAUACAUGAAAGCCAUAUCCCGCGGAGUAAAGAUCUCCUCGAGGCCAUUGGACCCACCUAUGAUUUCUAGAUUAUAGUAUUUAUAUGUAUAUGUCGUAUGUAAUUUAUUAACUAAAUAAAUUAU